UUCCGUAUGGGCAGAGGAACACAGGCAGCCCGGACGCCCCAGAGCGCGCUGUGCCCCAGCCGGGCGGGCGUUGGGACCCCGACCUCGCCGAGCGCGCCGCGCAGGUGGCACCAUGGCCUUCUCGCAGGUGCAGUGUCUGGACGACAGCCACGUGAACUGGCGCUCCAGCGAGUCCAAGCCCGAGUUCUUCUACAGCGAGGAGCAGCGGCUGGCGCUGGAGGCCCUGGUGGCCCGGGGCCCCGAGGCCUUCUACGAGGUGCUCAAGCGCGAGAACAUCCGAGACUUCCUCUCGGAGCUGGAGCUCCAGCGCAUCCUGGAGACCAUCGAGGUGUACGACCCCGGCUCUGAGGACCCCCUAGGCACGGGCCGCGGCCGGGGCCCCGAGGACGACGGGACUGGGAAUGGGGACGGGGAGGAAGCCAGCGGGGCAGGCGGGACCGCCACCGAGGCCGAGCUGCCCUCCUUGGAGUACUGGCCCCAGAAGUCGGACCGCUCCAUCCCGCAACUGGACCUGGGCUGGCCCGACACCAUCGCCUACCGCGGGGUGACCCGGGCCAGUGUCUACAUGCAGCCGCCCAUCGAUGGGCAGGCCCACAUCAAAGAGGUGGUUCGCAAGAUGAUCAGCCAGGCCCAGAAGGUGAUCGCUGUGGUCAUGGACAUGUUCACCGACGUGGACAUCUUCAAGGACCUGCUGGACGCCGGCUUCAAGAGGAAGGUGGCCGUGUACAUCAUCGUGGACGAGAGCAACGUCAAGUACUUCCUGCACAUGUGCGAGCGGGCCCGCAUGCACCUGGGCCACCUCAGGAACCUCAGAGUGCGCAGCAUCGGAGGGACCGAGUUCUUCACGCGGUCUGCGACCAAGUUCAAGGGCGCCCUGGCCCAGAAGUUCAUGUUCGUGGACGGAGAUCGGGCCGCGUGUGGCUCCUACAGUUUCACGUGGUCGGCGGCGAGGACGGACCGGAACGUGAUCUCGGUGCUGUCUGGCCAGGUGGUGGAGAUGUUCGACCGGCAGUUCCAGGAGCUGUACCUCAUGUCACACAGCGUCAGUCUCAAGGGCGUCCCCAUGGAGAAGGAGCCCGAGCCCGACCCCAUCGUGCUGCCGUCUGUGGUCCCGCUGGCGCCCACGGGCACGGUGGCCAAGAAGCUCGUCAACCCCAAGUACGCGCUGGUGAAGGCCAAGAGCGCCGACGAGCUCGGCAAGACCUCUGAGAAGCAGGAGGCCAAGAAGGCCCCGGGGCUGCGGGGCGCGGCGCUGGCCGAGCGGCCGGGGGACCUCCCCGAGCCGCCGCUGCCCGUCCACCCCGGCCUGCUCAACCUGGAGAGGGCCAACAUGUUUGAGUACCUGCCCACCUGGGUGGAGCCGGACCCCGAGCCUGGCAGCGACAUCCUGGGCUACAUCAACAUCAUCGACCCCAACAUCUGGAACCCCCAGCCCAGUCAGAUGAACCGCAUCAAGAUCCGCGACACGUCCCAGGCCGGCGUCCAGCACCAGCUAUGGCGGCAGAGCCAGGAGGGCGGCCCCAGCCCGGAGCCCCGCCCACACCCAGGGCCCAGCGCCCCCAAGGACAGGGCCCCCGCCGAGAACGGCCUCUCUCCAGGGAGCCCUGAGCCACGUCCACCCUUGCCCAAGCCCCGGACAGUCCCCGUGGCUGACCUCCUUGCCCAGGACGGGGGCGGUGUUGGCUGGACCCCAGACACCCUGGAUGCGGAAACGGCCCAGAAUGGGACAGACCACAGGCUGCCCAGGACAGUGGGCCCAGGCCACGCCCCACUGCAGCGGCAGCUGUCUGUGACCCAGGAUGACCUCGAGGGCCUGGAGACAGGGAUCCCCAACGGGCUGGACGGGCCGGAGGAGGAAGACGAUGAUGACUACGUGACCCUCAGUGACCAGGACAGCCUCUCAGGCAGCUCCAGCCCCAGCCCUGGCCCCCGGCGGCCUUCCCUGGCUGCCUCCUCCGUGUCAGACGAGUACUUUGAGGUGACAGACCGUUCAGUCCCUCUCCAGAGGCGCCACUCAGAGCAGGUGGCCAACGGGCCAGCCCAGCCACCCCGCCGACAGCUCAGUGCCCCCCAUAUAACUCGUGGGACCUUCGGUGGACCCUUGGGUGGCUCCCCGUGGACCCAGGGUCAGGGGAGAGAAGAGGCGGAUGCGUCGAGAAGGACGCAGGCCCAGCGCCCCACAGACAAGGAGGCACAGGGCCAGCAGUUCCACCAUCACGGUGUCCCUGCCCCAGGGACCAGGGAUAAGGACAGCCUCCUGCGGCCAUCGAGGACCACAGGACCCCCCCGGUACCGCCCUGCUGCUGACGGCAUCCAGAGCACCACCAGGAGAGCGGGCGGGGCCAUGGCAGGCCCCCACCACUGGCAGGCCAAGGCAGGCCCCGUGCCCCGCACGCUGCCAGAGCCUGGGAGCCCAAGGCCCACCCGGAACGCCCGCCCACUGGCCGACCGCAGGGCCAGCGAGGGGCAUUCGAGUCCCUUUGGAAUCCCGUACUCCAAACUGUCCCAGGCCAAGCACCUCAAGGACAGGACGGGUGGCAGCCAGUGGGCCUCUGACUCCAAACGGAGGGCCCAGGGCCCCCGGGACCGCAAGGAACCCUAGCAGCCCGUCCCAGCCGGGACCCUCGCCCCCACCGAGGAGUGCGCCCAGUGCUAACUUGUCCAGAGAG